AUGAAUCCUGACCCAGAGGGCGGUUGUUCCAAGCGGAAGAAGAAUGCCCCACCAUGGUUGGCGGAAGCAUACCAAUACGAUAAGAGGAAGAAGAAAGGGGGACGCGUACAGGAGCCCAAGCGGCGCAAGACCAGCACUGUGAAGAGUGGCAAGGAGGAUAAGGAGGCGGAACACAACGAAGAGACCCAAGAAUUGCCGCUGCAGAUAUGCAACGCGCUUGUUGUCGGGGCCGUGGACGCGGAGGCAGCCUCAACGCCUAUUGUCGGGAGCGCACCCCCUGUGGAGGACGACACCGAGGCCGUGAAGGAACGCCUGAUGGACGAGUUAAUGGAAGGCGAAGAGGAGGGCGACGAGGAGGGUGACGCUGGUGGUCAGUCGUCAGGCGACGACCCGUGUGGCGAAGAGGGAUCGGAGGAAGAGCAGGCCCCGAAGGUGGCAUGUUCGAGGAAGCGGAAAGAAGCAACCGGUGGCCACGUCACACGCGAGGAGUUUGAGGAGUUGCGUGAGUCACAGAAUGGUACCGCGAAGACAAUGGCUCGGCUCGAGUCACACGUUUUAACUCUCAUUCGCCUUGGCGAAAGGCGCAAGCGCAAGCGGGCCUCUUCUGGUGCGGCAGCCUCGCUUGGCAGGGAAGCUCUGAAGCGGAAACGGGUGUCAGAUGAUGACGAGGAAUCAACGUGCGAUGAAGACGAGUUGCCGUCGAAAGUGGCGAGGCAUAUGACUACCGACAAGUUGCCAGUGCUCCAAAGCGCCCUUGAUAUCCUUCCCGCAGAGAAGGCUUGGAAGGGUGUUUGCGACCUGGUAAAGGAUCAUCUGUUUCUAGAAGCCCCGAACGAGAAUAUGGACUUCUAUCCGAGCCGCGACGCCAAGAACGCCGGCGUCUGCCAUGUCAUGUCCACCAUUCCUCCCAAAACUGCGACACUGGCGUUAGACGCGGAUAAGUCUCGGAGACAGGAUCUGAACAAGACCUUGUCAGAGUACAAAACAGGUUUGGCCAGUCGCGCACGGGGAGUUUUUCUUCCCCGGAUGGGUCUCUUCCGUGACGACGAGGACCGAGCCAGUCCUUGGGCUCGUAAGAAGGAGCGCACUGGGGAGCGUGCACGAAAAAGAUAUGGCGUUCCCGCCACGGACGAUGGUGCGUGUACGCAUGUCAUAUGGCCGGUGCAUUUAAGGCCGGCAUGA